CGAAGGUUCAAACUCGCGGACAGCACAUUUUGUGCACGUUGGUACCUCCCUGAGCGUACGCGGCGCCCUGUCGUGCAGGUGUUUUGCAUAAGGGAGCCCCCUCGCCUUCGCCUUAAGACGCUACCUGAAGUCAUGGCUGACCAGGUGGCUGCCAUGUGUGAGCAGCUUAUCAAAGCUGUGAACGUGAUGAUGGACGCAGCGACAAGUCAGAUUUACCGACUGGAGGCCCUAAAGUUCUGUGAAGAGUUUAAAGAGACCAGCUCCUUCUGUGUCCCAUGUGGCUUACAAUUAGCGGACAAAGCCCAGCCAGCUGUAGUGAGACACUUUGGUUUGCAAAUCCUGGAGCAUGUCAUCAAGUUUCGAUGGAACAACAUGCAACAAGAUGAGAAAGUGCAGUUGAAGGAGUGUGCCAUGCAGCUGUUAUCAACUGGUACUCGUUCGAUCCUGGAGGAGGAGAGCCACAUCAAAGAUGUCCUGUCACGAAUCACAGUGGAAAUGAUAAAGAGAGAAUGGCCUCAACAUUGGCCAGAUAUGCUGAAAGAGAUGGAGGCUCUCACUAGCCAAGGGGAGGCACAGACAGAGCUGGUGAUGUUGAUCCUGUUGAGGCUGGCGGAGGACGUGAUCACCUUCCAGACGUUGCCCACCCAGCGACGCAGAGACAUUCAGCAGACACUCACCCAAAACAUGGAAAGCAUCUUCAGUUUCAUGAUGGCCAUUCUGCAUGUCAAUGUUGAGGACUACCGUAAACUGAAAGGGUCACCUGGACAUGAACUGCAGGCCAGAGCUCAUUGUCGAGUUGCUGUAGCGACGCUGAAUACACUCGCAGGCUACAUAGACUGGGUGUCUCUGGUGUAUAUUACCUCUGGAAACUGUCAAUUACUGGAGAUGUUGUGUUUGCUGCUGAGUGAACCAGAGCUGCAGCUGGAGGCAGCUGAGUGUUUGCUUAUCGCUAUCAGUCGGAAGGGCAGGCUGGAGGACAGGAAGCCAUUCAUGCUGCUGUUUGAUGAUGUGGCCGUCCACUACAUCCUCUCUGCAGCCCAGUCAGCAGAUGGCCUUGCAGUAUGUAAGAAGUCCUCCGAUCCACAAGCAGUGGAGGUGGUGGAGCGGCGCUAUGUCUUCCUGAAGAGGUUGUGUCAGGUCCUGUGUGCUCUGGGAGGCCAGCUCUGCUCAUUAGUGGGUUCAGAUGUAGAAGUUAAAGUACCUGCAAAUCUCAGCAAGUACAUGGAGGCACUUUUAGCUUUCACUACACAUUCCAGUCAGUUUUUGAAGUCAUCCACUCAGGCUACUUGGGGAUGCUUAUUCAGACAUGAGAUUAUGUCAAAGGACGAGGUUGUUGUGGAGAUGACCAUCAAAUACCUCAGAGCGUCUAUGACCAACCUAGUCAAGACUGGUUUCCCAUCUAGAGACGAUAGCCCCAGUUGUGAAUACUCCCGUGUGGACUUUGACAGUGACGAGGACUUCAAUUCAUUCUUCAAUUCUUUUCGAGCCCAGCAGGGAGAGGUGGUGAGGAGUGCGUGUCGCAUUGUUCCUCUGGAGGCUUUCCGGAUAGCAGCAGAGUGGUUACAGUAUCAAAUCACUAGUCCUAUUGAUACUGGGAAUACGACAUCUAAGACUGCUGAGGGCCUGUGCUCCCUCCUGUCUCCAUCAGUGGUCCAGUGGGAUGCAAUGACCGUCUUCAUGGAGUGUAUGGUCGCACAGAUCUUCAAAAAUCUGGAGGAGGAGGAGUUGCCAAUAGAUCAGAGCAUGGAGCUGAUGCAGGCUGUACUGAACUACGACACCAAAGACCCACUCAUCUUGUCCUGUGUGCUCACCAACGUCUCUGCCCUUUUCCCAUUUGCCAUCCGAAGACAGCAAUUCUUGCCACAGAUCCUCAACAAGCUGUUUAACGCUAUCACAUUCGAGGUUCUUCAGGGAAAAAAGGCACCUCGGACCCGAGCCGUGAAGAACGUGAGGCGUCACGCCUGUUCUUCCAUCAUCAAAAUUUGCAGAGAUUACCCACAGUUCAUCUUGCCUUGUUUUGACAUGUUUUACAAUCACGUGAAGAAGUUGUUCUCGGGCGACAUCUCCCUCACUCACAUGGAGAAAUGUGCGCUGAUGGAAGCUCUGGUGCUCAUCAGUAACCAGUUCAAAGACUUUGCAAAGCAGAAGGCUUUUCUAGAUGAACUGAUGGCCUCAGUGGUUGUAGACUGGACCUCGGAUGAGAUGAGGCAUGUGCUGUUGAACCCUGCUGUGUUCUUGUCCUUUAUUGGAGCCGAUCAAGUGGUCACAGAGCAAAAUCAAGAGGCAGAUACAGCAGGACUUAAUAGAGCCCGGUUGAGUUUCUGUUUGUGUGCCAUGUUGGGGGUGGUGAAGCGGGCUCGCUGGCCCUCAGACCUGGAGGAAGCUAAGGCUGGCGGGUUCGUGGUGGGCUACACCCCCUCUGGAGCUCCCAUCUACAGAAACCCCUGCACUGCUCAGUUCCUGCUCCUGCUGCCCAACCUGCUCGCUCUGAUCAGGACUCACAACAGUCUGUUCAUGCCAGAGAACAUGGCUCGUCUGAGCGAGACCUUCUCCAGGGCCCACGAGGUGAUGGAUGCAGAGAAAAAUGUGGUUCUUGGUGUCUCUCAGAAUGUCCUGGAAAAUUAUGACUCUCCUGUGUAUAGAACCAACCUAGAGCGCAUGCAGGGAUUUUUCAGCACGUUGAACGACAACUGCCUCAACAUCCUGGGAAAUGUAGGUCUGUCCCUGCAGCAGGAAUUCUACACCAUCGAGAGGUUGGCUGCAGAACUCGCUGGCUCUGUUUUUGUCUCCCUCGACCACAUACCUGACCACAGACUUCGCCCUAUGAUUCGCCUGUUUGUGAGGCAGCUGGUGCUAUCAUGUCCUCAGGAGUACUACGACAGUCUACUCUGCCCCCUGUUGGGCCCUCUGUUCACCUACAUGAUGCAGAGACUCAACGUCAGGUGGCAGGUCAUCAUCCAGAGGACCUCUGUCAACGGUGAGGACGAGGAGGAGGCACUGUGUCAUGAGAGCCAGGUGACGCAGGAGAUUUUUGAGGAGCAGCUGGUCUGCCUGCUCACCAGGGAGGUGCUGGAUCUCCUCUCUGUGAGCUGUAUUUCCAGAAAAGUGCCUGAACCAGUAGCAAAUAAGGAGGAAAUGGAGGAGGAUGACAUGAUGAUGGAUUCAGCGCAGACGGCGUCUACCCAGCCUACAGAGGAGCUGACUGAGCUGGGAAAAUGCCUAAUGAAAUACGAGAAUAUCUACAUGUCCCUGUUGACGCUCUCCUUCACCUCACUGUCGUGGAAGGACACCACAAACUGUCACCGCACUGCUUCCAUGGUCUGCUGGACUCUUCUGCGGCAGGUUGUAGGGGGUAAUCUCCUUCCCGAGGCGGUCACAUGGUUCUUUACCAGUGUUCUUAGGGGCCUUCAGGUUCAUGGGCAGCAUGAGGUCUGCAACUCCACCCUCUCUCAUCUGGCCAUGUUGAUCUACGAAAACCUGCGGCCUCGCUACAUGGAGCUGAGAACAGUGAUGACCCAGAUCCCGAACAUUAAUGUGGAGGCUCUGGACCAGUAUGAUCACAGGCUCAUGGACCCCAAUGGCCAGAAGGCUGGAGACAAGAAGAGGAAAGACCAGUUCAAGAAGCUCAUUGCAGGAACUGUCGGGAAAGCUCUGUGCCAGCAGUUCAGGAAGGAGGUUCAUAUCCGGAAUCUUCCAUCGCUCUUUAAAAAGCUAAAGCCGGUCAAGGAUGUACAGAACAGCGAGGAAUUGGGCCUGGCAGCUCUCUUCGCCCCGGAGAAUAACACCCUGUAGGAACACGUGUUGGUUCUGAUGGACAUCAUACUGACUGAAGAGUUAUGUGUACAAACCAGGGUUUCCCUCACUGUUGUCCAGUGGGGGCAGUGCGCUGCUACCUAACAUAACUGUCAACACUCCUGUUUUAAUGACAUCUUUGUCAUUUGUACAGGCUAGUAUCAAACAACAGAUCUCCUUUUUUUGUUUGUUUUUAAAUCCCAGCACACACUUCUUCUCCAUUCCCUCGUGUAUACCAAUAAAGGAGAGGUAUAUUAGCUAUGGAGGUUUUUGGGAAAUGUUUCUGUUUAAAACAUGGUGUGUUUCUGUGUCAGAUUGUGCUAAGAGACAAUCUUAAAAUAGCAGACUAACCAUUAAUGUUUGCUCUGCAGCAGAAGCCUUGUUGAGCCACAAAAAUACCCUAAAAUAGGACAAUUCUGUCAUUUUACUUUUUUCUUUUUAAGGGGUAAUAUUUGCCUCUUUCCCAGCAUCAUGCACACUAAGCAUGUCGUAAAUCAAACUGGGAGCCCAGCUGUGGUUUGAUAUUCAGCAUAGAAAUUGGCAUCUAAUGAUAUCCAAACAAGCAAAGCCAGUAUAGCCAAUAACGGCAGGAGUAGCUUGUUAGGAAGAGUGUGACUUGUGGAGACCUUUUGUACUUAGUUUAGUGUUGGCAGAUAUGUUGUGUGACCACACUGCUGUUAUAUCCUGGGUCAAAAAGAGAGGAAGAAAAAUCUCAAACACAUUUCUCCUGGUACACAUUUCUCUAUUUGCCACAAUUUCCUCUGACUGGACAAGCUUGAAUGAAGUUUUGGAUUCUGAAAGAUGUGUUAAUGGUACCUCAGGUGCGAUGGGGUGAAGUUUUGACCUUUAUACCCUAAAAGAAGAAGGGGGGGAAAAAAACUGUAUUGUGUUUUCCUGAAUGAUGAUUGCUUGAUUUAAGUAUGAACAGCAGUUUUCUGUUUUGCAGAUAUUACACAGUAGUUUAAGGAUGGUUUGCAUUGUGCCAGUUCUUCAUAUCAGCACGACUUUCACGGCCCAAAAUACUAUUUUGAAUUGCUUCGUUAACACAGAGCACAUAUCAUACUACAAAUAAUGCAGACGCAUUUUGUGCCAAAACACUCACGGUAGACUUGUUUGACAAACGUGACCAGAAAAUUGUGUCCGAGAAGAAAAACCUAAUAACAGAACUUUUUAUAAAGAUUAUUUAAGGGUGGAUGCAACAACUAAUGUGUAGCUUAAUCCAAGUCUUUCUAGCCGUUCAGUUUGUGAUGUGAUAUUUUUUUUUAAACAUGUUUUGUGUUUGUACUGGUGUUUCCAGCCAUGAGGAAAAGAUGAACCAGCACUACAUUCCUUCAUUGUUUAA